AUGAAGCAUGCCAUUGAAACGGCCUCCGUCGGUCUGGUGCUCAUUUUGCACACGCGCGGAGUGGCGUUGCUUUCCUCAAAGGGCCAAAUGGAAGAAAUAUGGUCCUUUGACUUUAAAAGAUACAUUAGGCUGUUGCCAAACGCAGAGCUUGAGGCUGCAUUGGAUUUGUCUGUUUUCCAUGUGGUUGCCAUUGAAAUUUACCGCUCCAUGGUCGAAGACGACGAUUACGAAACUGCUUUCGAUGAUGAAGACGAAUUUCUGCCGCUCGAAAAACGGGCCAAAUUGAGGAUUCUGCUUUUCCCUACUUCUCAGAUGAAAUAUCGCGUGGUUCCAUAUCUGCGUGACAAUGUUCGAUACCAAGCUGUCGGUGAACACUUGCUAACAAUAAAUGAGCGCUGCAAUACCGCAUGUUUCCUGGCCAGGACAAGUAGGGUUUUGUCAAAAGAAACAUCCUCAACUGCCGAGUUGAAAAAGCCUGCCACAAGCGAAUCUAUCACCAACGAAAACUGCUCUUCAAAGCGGCCGGUGCUGGCCGGCUGGCUGCACGUCUGCAAGCUCUCUUCCAAAAGGGUAACGCAACGUUCAACUAUCGGAAACAAAGACGCACAGAUUGCUUGGAAAGAAGCCCGCGGUAGGGUUUCAAGUAGCAUGCAAAAAAUGUCUUCAAGCGAAUCCAAAGAUGCGUUUGCGAUAAUUUCAGAACACAAUUCAGGCAAUCGGCUGGUUGAACAUUGA